ACGAUAUUGAAAUAACCGGUAGUGCUCGUUUUAACACUGCCGUAAACCUCUUCUACUUCUGACCCCUUCUGUACCGGAUAGGAAAAUAAAUUAGCGAAAAGUUAUAAUGCAAGCUACUUUUUGGAGUUUAGUGACCACUUCUGUCAGGCCAACAUGUGUCAAACGUGUUGUACCUGGCUUGACAGCUGCACAGCAACGCAGGUACUCUAGCACCCUAGAUGCUGAUGUGGUAGUGAUCGGAGGUGGUCCUGGUGGUUACGUAGCCUCCAUCAAAGCAGCACAGUUGGGAAUGAAAACUGUUUGCGUGGAAAAGGAUGAAACAUUGGGUGGCACUUGUCUUAACGUUGGAUGCAUUCCCUCCAAGUCCCUUUUAAACAAUUCUCAUUAUUAUCAUAUGGCUCAUAGUGGAGAUUUAAAAAACCGUGGUGUCCUAGUUGAAAAUGUUAAGCUAGAUCUUGAUAAGUUGAUGGAACAGAAGCGCAGUGUAGUAAAAGCUUUAACCAGCGGUAUUGCUGGAUUAUUUAAGAAAAAUAAAGUUGAAUGGGUUAAAGGGCAUGGGAAAAUUAGUGGUCAAAAUCAGGUGACCGCCCUUAAACCUGAUGGUUCAGUUGCAAGCACAAUUAACACCAAAAAUAUUAUAAUUGCAACUGGUAGCGAAGUUACGCCGUUCCCCGGUAUAGAAAUCGAUGAAAAACAAGUUGUCUCUUCAACCGGUGCUUUGUCGCUAAGCCAGGUACCUAAGAGACUCAUAGUCAUUGGUGCUGGAGUUAUUGGACUGGAAUUGGGCUCAGUUUGGCAAAGGUUGGGCUCUCAAGUAACUGCAGUCGAAUUCAUGCCAUCGAUUGGCGGAGCAGGUAUCGACGCCGAAGUUAGUCAAACGUUACAAAAAAUCUUAAGCAAACAGGGUGUAGGUUUCAAGUUAGGAACUAAAGUCACCGCCGCAAAAAAGACAGGCAGCGAAAUCGUGGUAUCCGUCGAGGACGCGAAAGAUCCUAGCAAAAAGGAGGAUAUCGCCUGUGAUGUACUUUUAGUUUGCGUUGGCAGGAGGCCGUACACGUCUAAUUUAGGAUUGGAAGAUAUGGGAAUUGAGAGGGACGAAAAGGGCAGGAUACCCGUGAAUAACCGAUUCCAAACAGUGGUACCUUCAAUUUUCGCCAUUGGAGAUUGUAUUCACGGACCGAUGUUGGCUCACAAGGCAGAGGAAGAAGGUAUCAUUACGGUUGAAGGCAUAGCUGGAGGUGCUGUACAUAUCGAUUAUAAUUGCGUACCUAGCGUGAUAUACACACAUCCUGAAGUUGGCUGGGUGGGUAAAACGGAGGAAGAUUUAAAGAAGGAAGGCAUCGCCUACAAAGUUGGCAAAUUCCCACAUCUGGCGAAUUCUAGAGCAAAAACAAAUCUUGAAACAGAUGGUUUCGUUAAAGUUUUAGCCGACAAUGCUACGGAUAAAGUACUAGGAGUACAUAUGAUCGGUUCGGUUGCUGGUGAACUAAUCAACGAGGCUGUUCUCGCUAUGGAAUAUGGAGCAAGCGCGGAAGACGUUUCCAGAACGUGUCAUGCACAUCCGACGUGCGCCGAAGCUCUGAAGGAAGCUCAUUUGGCUGCGUACUUUGGAAAGCCCAUUAACUUUUAAAUAUCAUUAAUAAAUAAAGUGGAAAACAGCACACUCUCGACUCGUCGUAGCUUCGAUCUAGUCUACGCUCCAGGUCCACAUCGCGCUACGCAUUUAGCGUAUAGGUUUUAUCAUCGCUUAAUCAUAUAAGAAAAAAAAGUUGUACAUAAAAGUAAAGAAUUUGCGAAAGUCUCACAUCUUUUAUAGUAGGUUUACCAUUACUUCAUGAUUAUUGUAUUUAUUAUAAAUAAAAUUGUUAAUUCAUA